AUGAGCGCACCACCUUCACCCACUCUGUCCGAUUCCGCCUUGCUCGAUUCAUUAGAAGAAGCUGGGUUCGACUUUGCGACAGACAGAGAUAGACGUAUAGAAGCGUUACAAAGAGAGAUCAAACAAGUUAAGAACUUGAAAGAAAGCGAUAAUGGAGGAGUUGUCACUUUCACCGAUGAAAAGCAAUUGAUAGAGAGAAUGUCAAAGGAAAGAUAUUGUCUGUUACACUUCUUUCAUAACGAUUUCUCAAGAUGUAAAAUUAUGGACCAAAAAUUAUCAGAUCUAGUUGCUUCUCACCCUCAUACGUUAUUCUUACGAGCUUCAGUAUCAGAUAUUCCUUUUUUAGUAACGAAGAUGGCCGUUCAGGUACUACCGUGCGUAAUAAGUUUUGUGGAUGGUCGAGCUGUAGAUAGAUUGAUAGGAUUUGAAGAGUUAGGAGAUUCAGAUCAUUUUACCACCAAAAUGUUAGAAUUCAGAUUAAAACAGUCUGGUGUCUUACCAACGGAUCUGAGUCUGGCGUCCAAUCUGUCAUCAACAUUGGUAUCUGCAACAAGGGAAGAAGAUGAUCAAUCGGAUGACGAAGAUAGACGUAGAGGUGGAGGCGCAAAAGCAAGAGCGAGAGCUGCAAGACAAGGCAAAGUCGGCAUAAGGAAUGGUUUCGCUAACGAUGGAAGUGACGAUGAUUAUUAG